GCUUGUUUGCGCGUGUGUGGAACUAAAAUGCGGAGGGUCACCGGCCUGCUGCUCAUGCUCAUCGUCACCCUCGGACAGACGGAGAAGCCCCUGUCCCCGGGCGGGAAGAUGUUCUCAGCCUACUUCACUCAACUCAGCCGGGAGCGCAGGAGCGUCAGCGGUCCGCGGCGCAGCGACGCGCCUGCGGCUCCGCUGGAGCGCCUCUCCCCGGACGACGUGUUCCUGGCGGUGAAGAGCACCGCGAGGUUCCACCGGCCCAGACUGGAGCUGCUGCUGGACACAUGGAUCUCCAGGAACACGCGGCAGACCUUCGUGUUCACGGACGCCGAGGAUGAGGAGCUGAGGAAGAGGAUGGGGAACCAUCUGAUCAACACCAACUGCUCCGCAGCGCACAACCGCCAGGCUCUGUCGUGCAAGAUGUCGCAGGAGUUCAACAUGUUCCUCAAGUCGGGGACAAAAUGGUUUUGCCACCUGGAUGAUGACAACUACAUCAACACCGGCGCCCUCAGGAGGCUUUUGGCGCAGUACCACCACACACAGGAUGUUUACAUCGGUCGGCCGAGCCUGGAGCGUCCGAUCGAUGCCGAGGAAAUGCAUGGUUCAACGGAGACGAAGCAGGUGAGAUUCUGGUUCGCAACUGGAGGUGCUGGAUUCUGUCUGAGCCGAGGCCUGGCGCUGAAGAUGCAACCCUGGGCCAGCGACGGCGCUUUCAUGGCCACGUCCGAGCGCAUUCGCCUGCCGGACGACUGCACCGUGGGUUACAUCGUGGAGGCGCUGCUGGGAGGCCACCUGACCCGCUCGCCGCUGUUCCACUCCCACCUGGAGAACCUGGGGCUGGUGUCCGACGUCCACCACCAGGUGACGCUGAGUUACGGAGGCGGUGAAGAGCGUCGGAACACAGUCAGCCUGAGGGGGCCCUUUUCAUUAGGUGAUGACCCCACAAGGUUCAGGUCGGUCCAUUGUGUGCUGUAUCCAGACACCUCAUGGUGCCCGGGACCCAGACAGCACCUCCCCUCUCUGUGAGCUGGGACAACAGGUGCACCUCCCCUCUCACGGCCGUGAGCGCCAUCAGGUGUCAGAGAUUUCCCUGGCAACUCUUCAGCCCUCAAAACUUCCAUGCAUCUUCCUGUCGUGUCCAUUACAGGACAACAAAGGAGUUCCAUCAUUGAUAGUUGCAAUUUUGCUGGGAUCAGCAGAGGUGGGCCUCCAGGAUCACGGACCCACUUCAGCUGACGGAUCCUUCACGAGGAGGAUCACUUUGAUGCACCUUUAAUAAUAGGAAGGAUGUGGACCUCGACCUUACUGCUCCAGAUGCUCUCAGAUUCAGAGCUUUUCAGGCGCAAACAGCGGCAGAUAAAAGUGGUUGACAUAAAUACGUCACAGGUUAUAUGGGACUCUCCCUGCACCUCUUAGUUCCAGGCAUGUCAAGGUGUGAAGAGACGAAGGCAAAUGCGACGGCCCAGAAAACCUCCUGAGGCCUGUGGACUCCGGCAUGACCUCAGCACUCAGGACGGUCUUCGCCUUUUUGGAAGAACCUUGCUCAGAAGCGGUUCAGUCUUUGACGUCUGUCCCGAACUGUGGUGCUCCCAGCCACCUUCAGCCUGGCAGGACAUUGACCUGUCCUCCAGGUCAAAGAGAUCAACUUGUGCAGUCGGGACCAGACGCUUCGAGCCCCUGGAUUAAAGUGUAACGCAAGAGGAAUCAAAAGUCCAAGCUAACGUUCGGUGUAAAUGAAGUCUUUUUCAAACCAGUCGUGUCCAACGCCUGUAAAAUGACUCACAUUGAGUCGGCGCUAUUGACCUUUGACAGGAAGUGAUGUAUCGACUGAACGAAUGUGCUUUCCAGUAUCUGGAUAAACAGUAAGUGAAAUAAAUGUGU